CGCCGCGGCCACCGCUGAUGCUGAUGCUGCUGAUGCUGCUGAUCGCCCGGGCACCGCGCGCGGCGGGUGGCGGAGACUGGUGGAAGGGCGACAGCCGGCUGAUGUCUGAACAGUUCUCGCAGACGCCGCAGAAGCUCUCUUUCUACAGCUGGUACGGCAGCUCCCGUCUCUUCCGCUUCCUGGUGCCCUCUGACACGGUGCUGCUGCGCUGGCUGCUGCAAGUCACCUGGAAUGGCGGCCAUGCCUGUGCCCGCGCAGAUGUCACCGUGUAUAUCCGCUAUGGAGCCCCUCCAGUCAUCAACCCGCUGGGUGCCAACUUCUCAGCCAACACCUCGGCACAGCCCCCCUUCCAGCUCAAGAUGGACCAGAAUAUGACCACUGUCAACAUCUCCCACCCAGCCCCGGGGGACUGGUUCCUGGCUGCCCACCUGCCCCCCUCAGCCCAGAAGCUUGAAAUGCAGGGUACCUUUCCUUCCUGUUCCUGUGUCUUCCACCCCGAGAUGCUGGUCGUGCGGGUGCUGGAGGCCUCCAUCCUUGAGCCGGACAUGCCCCUCCCUCAGGUCCUCCUGUCCAGGCCCAGCUACCUCAAAGUCUUUGUGCCCGAGUUCACACAGGCGCUACGGCUGGAACUGCAGGGCUGUGCAACCAACGCCAGCCUGGGCUGCCCUGUGCACCUCACCGUGGGCUCCGCCACCCUGCCCAGCAACUUCCAGAAGGUGCUCACGUGCUCCAGCCCCGCACAGAACUGCCGCCUCCUACUGCCCUCACCCCCCUGGAACAGGUGGCUGCAAGUCACGGCCCAGAGCACGGCAGGGCCCCAUGUGGUCGUGGCCUUCAGCAUCGUGGCUACUCUCAGAGCAUGCAAGCCCUGGAACCUGAACAUCCAGCACCUUGUGCCGCGCUGCAACAUGAGCCAGAGCUGUAACACCUCUUCUCACCUGCUGCCCCCAGUCCCGAGCUCCCCGGAUCUGAGUCGCAGCAUCCGGGCAGCUGGCGGCCUCUUCUGUUUCGUGAACAUUCCCGUUGUGCGGGAGGAUGUGGAUGUGGUUUCGGUGCGAUUCCAGCCCCUGGACAGACUCCCGGUGCUGGUGCGUCUGGACAUGCCAUCAGUGCUGCGGCUUCCUCUGUGUACUGGUAUGGACAGCGGAGGCUCACUCACCAUCUCCCUGCGAACCAACAAGAGCAUCAUCGCCGGGAACAGCUCUGUGGCAGUGUGUGUAAACCCUGCCUCACCCUUCCUCAGCUUCCGCACAUCUCUCAACUGCACCACAGCCUUCUUCCAGGGCUCCCUGCUGACUUUGAGUGCCAUGGCCCCCCAAGCCAGCCUCGUCAUCCCCUACCCAGAGACAGACAACUGGUACCUCUCUCUGCAGCUCGUGUGCCCCCAGGCUGCUAAGGAGUGUGAGCAGGCUGUCCUCGUGGACACCACCUUGCACUUGGUGCCCUGUCUGAAUGACUGCGGGCCCUACGGCCACUGCCUCCUCCUGCGCAGACAUGGCUACCUGUACGCAAGCUGCAGCUGCAAGGCAGGCUGGCGUGGCUGGAGCUGCACGGACAACAGCACGGCCCAGACACUGGGGCAGCAAACAGCGGCCACAUUACUGCUCACCCUCAGCAACCUCCUGUUCCUGGCCCCCAUUGUAGUGUCCUUGCGCCGCUCCCUCCUGGUGGAGGCUUCGGUUUACACCUACACCAUGUUCUUCUCCACAUUCUACCAUGCCUGCGACCAGCCAGGGGAGGCUGUACUCUGCAUUCUCAGCUAUGACACUCUGCAGUUCUGUGACUUCCUGGGCUCCAGCGUGGCCAUCUGGGUCACCAUCCUUUGCAUGGCUCGGCUGAGGGCAAGUUUGAAAUACGUCCUCUAUCUCCUGGGCUCCUUGACCAUCGCCAUGUCCCUGCAGAUGUCCCGCCAGGGCCUCUGGAACACACUCGGACCUUCUCUCUUUGCCAUGAUGAUCAUGGUGACCAUGUGGGUAUAUCGCUGUGGGCGCCGACGUCACUGCUACCCUCCCUCAUGGCAGCGCUGGGCCUUCUGCCUCCUCCCUGGCAUCUCCAUGGCCACCGUCGCCAUGGCCAUCUUCAUCUUCAUGACCACCAGUGACAACUACUACUACAUGCACAGCCUGUGGCACAUGCUCCUGGCAGGCAGUGCCGCUGUGUUACUGCCCCCCAGUGACGAGCCCCUGGGGCCCUGGGCCUGCUCACGGAAACUCACCUGCACCCAUGAGCCCUGCAGCAGCCGGCGGGAGGAGCUGUAUGCUGUCACCUGAUGCUGCACAGCCAGACCUGCCUGGACCAGUUCCCACAGAAUAAAGUUAGCCUGAGCACACUCCUUCACUCACCCCUGAACGACUGCUGCUCCCCAGAGCCUAAAGCAGCCUCAUAUUUUUCUGAGCUGGGGAGGAGGGGCAUGGACUGUGAUAGACCUGGGUGCCCUGCAGUGCAAUAUGGUGCGGCGAGAGAAGUGUGGAAAAGCUGGAUGUCCUGGUCCCCUCGAGGCCAGUGCUCGACUCAGGCCAUGGACAUGAAAAAGGGGCCUGCUGCAUAAGUGUCUUGGAGGAAGCUAGUUUUGGUGUCCUCGCCAGGCCUCUGCCCUCCCUCUGUCUCUGUCAAGCGGCUCUGGGGGUGGCGGUGUCUUGCACCAUAUGUAUACCCAUCCUUGGAUUCUUCCGGGCAUGUGAGGAGAGGGUCCCCGUGUGUGGCUGCAGGCAUGAAAGGGCUGCCUCCUUCUGCAGCCCCAAUCCCCAGCUUUUGCUCCCUUCUCUGGGGGACUGCAGGCCCAGCGGAGAGACAAACUGCCUGCCACCUUCUGGGGCUUCCCCGAUCUGGUCCCGUUCCUGUAGGGUAGGGGACCCUAGAAGGUUCCUGCAGUCACCCUGCACUUGCCCACCAAAAUGCUUCUCUUAGCUUGUAAAUGACAUGGUAUUUUCGGCGAUGAACACUUUUGAGACAUAAAGCUUAUUUUUCUCUA